CACAUGCAUUAUUUUUGGGUAUUGACAUGGCUUCAGACUCCUACAUCCAACUCAUUCUCUUCCUUCUUUUUUUCUGUAAUUAUUCCAUAAAAACUAGCACUUCCAGUAAUCCAGGCAGUGAAACGGAAUAUGAAAAAUGGCUCAGCUGGAAUGUCCGAAAUUACCGAAGUAAGCAGGCUCUCUGGCAAGCAGAUCAAUCCCUCAUUAACUCACCUGGUGCUGGAGGAGGGGUUCUUGAUGAUAAGCUGAGGAUUGCGGAGAUGAGCAGAGUGAGAAUAAAUGUUAGUCAAGAUGGAAGUGGCGAUUUCAGGACUAUUAGAGAAGCCCUUAACAGCAUUCCUUUACGCAACACUAGGAGAAUCAUUCUGGUGAUCAAAUCAGGCAUUUACAGGGAAAAGAUUGUCAUCCCUAGAACAAUGCCCUUCAUUACAUUUCUAGGGGAUGCAAAUAACCAACCAACUAUAACUGGGAAUGGCACCGCAUCAGGUUCUGGCAAAGAUGGGAUGCCUUUGAAGACAUUUCAAAGUGCAACUGUUGCUGUGGAUGCAAAUUAUUUUGUGGCCAUCAACAUGAAGUUUGAGAACACAGUCCUACAUAAGAUUGGAUCCAAAAGGGGACAAGCCGUGGCAGUGCGCAUAUCAGGGACCAAGGCUGCAUUUUAUAACUGCAGUUUUUAUGGGGAUCAAGACACUCUUUACGAUCACAAGGGUCUCCACUACUUCAAUAAUUGCUUUAUCCAAGGCUCUGUUGAUUUCAUUUUCGGCUAUGGCCGGUCUCUUUACGAGGUAGUGGCCUCUCUCACAGCUCAAAAGCGGUCCAAUGCGUCAUUGGCCAGUGGGUUUUCCUUCAAAGAUUGUGUGGUCACGGGCAGUGCCACUGGCCUGGUUUACCUUGGUAGAGCAUGGGGUGAUUAUUCAAGGGUUGUGUUCUCGUUCACGUUCAUGGACAAGGUUGUUCGUCCUCAAGGGUGGAGUGAUUGGGGCGACCAAAAACGUGAUGCUAGAGUGUACUACGGAGAAUACAAGUGCAGUGGACCAGGAGCCAACUUCACAGGAAGAGUGCCAUGGGCGCGAAUUCUGACGGAUGAAGAGGCUGAGCCUUUUGCAGGAACUUACUAUGUUGAAGGAGACACUUGGUUCAUCACUCCUUCGUGACAAAUUGUGCUAGCUAUAAAUUGCUUGAAAUUAAACCAUGUAUUAAUAUUUAAUACACCUUGUUUUGGUGAAGGAUCAAACGAGGUCCCAAAAUCCUGAGAUGGCCUCUAUAUAUUUCUACAAUCUAUUCAUUAAUAUCAUAAUAUCAACUGUGUACGUUAU